GUCGGAGCACUCUCGACAACCAACCAACAGCAGCAACAAACAUCACGGAUCACCGCAACUGACGCCUCGGCACGUCCGCAAGACCACAACCCACUGCACAACCCACUGCGCAGCGCCUAGACCUGCGACCAUGGAUCACCACGUCCGAGGCUCGUCGCCCAUCAAGCAGGCCCCUGCUGCCGACUCCCCCGAGCAGCUCCUCGACGCCUUCAAGGCGGCUGCCCUCUCCGUCACAAAGCUCUACAAGACGUCAGCUGCCGCCCAGUCCAAGGCCCGCGCCGAUGGCUACCAGGACUGCCUUGACGACCUCCUCGCCUUCCUCGACCGCCGCAACCUCGGCGUCAGCGACGGCGAGGGUUGGCAGAUCAGGAAAUGGGCGACCGAGAGGCUCGAGGGCCGCGACGGCAACUCCCACGGUACCGAGAGCGAGGACGAGUCAGAACGGCCUGAGCCCAUCUCCUCACCCGAGAUUCAACGAGCCCAGAGCACAACACACCUUCCGCCUCCUGCAAUCCCCACAGACUCGGCACCGUCAACAUCACAAGCGCCGCCAAACCACCACGAGCCCGUCAUCGUCCCAUCCCAAGACAACUUCACCUUCCAGUCCGCCCAUCCUUACCCAUCAGAGUCGUAUCUGAACAUUGCCAACCUCGACCUCUCCGACUCGUCAAAGUCGGCCGAUAACAACAACAGCACAUCCCUGGCGGCCGGGCUCACAAUACCAUCGCUGUCUCACGGCGACGCGCGAGGACGGCGGGACAGGCGGCCUCCUAGGGCUCGAAAUGGCGGCAACACUGCCAGCAACAACCUCGGCAGGGGCGCUGGCACAAAACGCACCAUCAACCUUGCCGAGCUAUUCGACGUCGGCAGCAUAGCGAGCUUCGGCAAGGAUCCCUUUGGGCGAGACGGCAAGCGGACACGUCACACGUAAUACCAUACGACCACGUAUUUUUGUGACAAGACUCUUCCAUUCAGCCAACCAGCGUCGCUGCAUCACAACAAAUCUAGCAUUUACAGUCCGCACAGGGAGGGCGGCGAAC